AUGCUGUCAGACAUGUUAACAUUGCAGCAUGGUGAAGAAUUCUUCGAAGCAGAGAAAAUCGGAACACGGUUAAGCUCCGCCAGGGGAAAAGUGUAUUGGGUCGUUGGAGCUUCUUCCGGCAUUGGAAAAGAAUUGGCUUUCCAGCUAGCCGCCCAUGGAGCCAAGCUCGUGAUUUCCGCACGACGGGAGACAGAGUUGAAAGCAGUCAAAGCCGGAUGUCUAGCUAUCGGCAAAAAUGCUGGAUUGGUCGAAUCUGACGUUCUAAUACUUCCCUUUGACGUGACUAAAGUAGACUCACACAAACAUUAUUUCGAUUUAGUGAUUCGUCAUUUCGGAACGUUGGAUGUGCUCAUUAACAAUUCCGGUCGUUCCCAAAAAGCGGAAUUUCAGAAUAUUAAACUCAAAGUGGACAAGGAAUUAUUCAAGACUAACGUCUUUGGCUUAGUAAAUCUGACUCGUGUCGUGUUACCUCAUUUCUUGGCCAAAUCAAAAGGACAUGUUGUGGUGACUUCGUCAUGUGCGGGGAAGUUUGGAGCACCGCUUUCAAGCUCGUACAACGCAACUAAGCACGCCCUUCACGGCUACUUUGAAACCGCAAGAUCUGAAUUAGCGCCCAAAGGCAUCUCUAUUACGAUGAUUUGUCCGGGAAUGGUCCACUCUGAUAUUCUCACUGCCUGCGCAACAGAAAAUCCCGGAGAGCAAUUAGGAGGAAAAAUUGGUGCGGAUGAAAAAAGAAUGAAAGCAGAACGUUGCGCAAAACUUUGCGCUGUGGCUAUUGUCAAUAAAAUAGACGAAGUUUGGAUUUCACUCAAUCCGGUGCUCUUCUUCCUUUACGUCUCCCAGUAUGCCCCUACAAUUGCUCGAGCUUUCCUAAGCCGUUAUGGAGUGCAGGCAGCCAUCAAAACAAGAGGUAGACGAGAAGCAGGUGGGAGCUCAUAGCUCGUAAAUCUAAAACGAAGACCAUAACCGCCAUAUGUUAUUAAAAUCUAGUUGCUCGUUUUUUAUUUCAUUACAUAUUUUAUUAAUGCCGUGUAACAGAAGAAAAAUUAGUUGACUGUGUUAUAAACUACCGAGUAAAUAAAUCAAAAUGGUUUUAUUUAUUA